UGGCUGGUAGAACAAGGGAACGAAUGUGAUUGGUGGUCACUUGAUUAUAAUUUUGUCUCCGGACGCCAUAGUAGUGGAGCCAAAAGAGAGAGAAUUAUCGAGGAAAGGCGACGAAUUGCUAUUCAACCUCAGAAUGACUGUUAAAAUAUUCAUUGGAAAUCUCAGCUCAGAGACACAGGCUGAAGAUGUGCGCGUACUUUUUGAGAAAUAUGGCACUGUAGCUGAGUGCGAUGUCCUUAAAAACUAUGGAUUUGUUCACAUGACAGAUAAAGCUUCAGCAGAUAAUGCCAUUGCAAAUCUUGAUGGCUUCAAUGUGAAAGGGCAAAGGAUGAGAGUGGAGCUCUCGACUGGCAAAAAGGGAAAUCCGAAAGGCGACCGCAAAGGGGGAGGCUCGCGUGGUCGACCUUACCCCCCAGGCCCUCCUCCCAGGGAACGCUACUUGCCACCACCAAUGCCUUACGAUCGUUACGACCCUUACUCGCGCUAUCCGUACCCAGAGCGUGAUCCAUAUUAUAGGCCAUUGCCUCCAGGUGAUCGCUACCUUCCUCGUCUCCCACCACCAGGUGAUCGCUAUGCGCCCUUGCCCCCUCCAAGAGACAGGCUUAUGCCAGAGGAGCGUCGGCCAUAUCCUGAUCCACGGGACCGCAUGCUUCCACCUCGGGAUCGCAUGCCACUAUAUCCAGAGGAUCGUUCUGCCUACGACAGGCUAAGGCCAGUAGAGCGAUCACCUUUAUCCUCUGACCCUUACUACAGGGAGAGGUCUCCACCAGCUCGUCCACCUCCCGAGUACUAUGACAGAAAACCCCCACUGGCUCGUGCCCCAGCUGCUGAUGCAGCAGCCAGCCGUCUGAAUACCACCGCUUAUCCUCCUGCUAAUGGAUAUGAUUACUACCGCCAGCCCCCAGAGCGCAGUGAUUUUAGAGCCACAUCGGCUUCUGCUGGAGACUAUUAUGCUCCAUCUCGUGCUGGUGCUGGCUAUGAUCGUGGUGCAAGUGGCGCUGCACAGGCUGGCAACACUGGUGGUGGCUUUGGUGUGCAGCAGUCACAGGCCAACAAAAGUUACGACAGUCAGUCAGCACUGCAGACACAGCCCAUUUUCUUCUAACAUUUUCUCCAAGUGGCAUUCUUUGCAGCUGCUGAAAGGAGUGUUGUGUUCUUUGUUUGCUGUCCUUUUUACCUCUCAAAGUUUUAAGUGACACAAGAUGCGUAGACUGGAUGACAAAGGCUUAAAUAUAAAAGGGAGGGAGGGAGGUAAAACAAGCUCAUUGGCUUAAACAAUUGAUGAUUCUAUUUGGAAUGUUGGGGGAAAUGGAAGUAAGGAUUUUUUGGGCGGAUAUCACAAUAGUGAUUAUGGGGGGAACUGGUAUGAAAUAAUCAGCCUGGAUAGGCAGUGGUAAGCUAUUACAGCCUAGCAAAAAGUUAAUGACAGAUGAGUUUACACAUGCAGAACCAAAACGUGGAAUUCUGAAUUAAGCAUCUGGAGACAGAGCAUGGGUUUUUGCCCGACAAAAAAUUAGGGGGAAAAAACAUGCCUCUUCAGUUCACUGUAAGUCCCUUCUCAGGUGAAGAUAAGAGGGCAGUGUAUUAUUCCACAAGGUUCUGUCAUUCUGCUGCUUUGCAACUGGCUAAAACAAAAAAUCCAAGGUAGUAUGGUGUGGGGGGAGGGCGGCUGGUUAUGGGAUGGUCUGAUAUGAAAUAAUGCACUCGGGUUGUAAUGAAAGAACAGUUUUGGGAGCAGCAUGCUCGAGUCUUCCAUAAUCUGCUGCAUCCACCAUUAAUGCUUGGGAAGUUUUCAGGUUUUAAAUUUUUAUAACAUGACUAGCAUUUUUCAGCAGCUUUGUAAAAUCAUGUCAGGAUUUAAAAAAAAAGGUGAACAUGCUUUUAGUUCAACAUUUGUACAUCUAUCCACUUUUUGUAAUGUCAUCGAGCAGACUGGUUGGCAGGUUAUACAACUCCUGUUUUCUUCAUAGAGAUUCCAAUCGCAAAAUUUAGUUGUGGCAAGGCAAAAAGUGCUAGGGUCAGGAUUUUCAGUAGCUACUAUAUUCACAAUUCUUGCCUUUUGCCAAAGGAUUAGAAAAGAAAGGAUUUCAAAACCUCUCAUUGGUAUUGAAAGAGUUUAUGUUUCUGGUAGUGUCUUAAUGUAUUUUGUAGACAAAAGACUUGAUGUCUUUGAGUUUUUCCAGUUCUUGAUGCCAUUUUUUCCAUUCCUCAUUUAAAACCAGAAAUUUGCCAGUAUGUGCUUCAUCUCUUCAUAGCUUGCUGUGCAACAAAAUCUUUUUCUGCAUGCUUCUUUUAUAAGUUUGAAAACUGUCGUUUGUAGACCAUUGUUAACGCAUCGUUCCAAGUCUGCCAACAGUAUAAAAGUGAGAUUUGAGUUGAUCCAUUUUCCAUAUCUUAAACGUGCUUUUGGACCAAACCAUUUUUUUAUGAUUUACUAAGCACAGUUUUUACAUGGUAGUUGUGACUGAUGGUCCCUGGUCCAUGCAUGUUCACAGUUUUAUGAACAAACCAAGUAGUUCAUUCAUCAUGUUGCUCAUUAUUUGGUGUGUCAUGUCAUCAUUUCAUGUGUACAAAAAACUACUUAAAUUUUUUUUUUGUCUGUUCAUAGUAGUAAAGUGCAUAUCCUUUUGGAUUAAAAUCAUGAUUCGUA